AUGUCUCUCCCAAGAACAAACACCUUCCGGCGCCGUUCCUCGGUCAUAGAAAUUCACAGUACCGGAAGUGUUUCGUCCUUGGAAGAUGACAAGACAAAAUUACUGCUGGCAGCAAAGACGCCCAACAUGAUAUCCAAACGUCGCGGAUCAGCGGUUUCCAUCGAGACUCUGCAAUCAAAUUCUCGGCGAAAUUCUAUUGCCACGAUUGAUUCUUCGACAAUAAUAACAACCACAUGUACCAUACCCAGCGCAACCAAUUCAUCAGACUUCAAUAACUCCUACCAAACAUCAACCACCACCAUUACCACCCACACAACGCAAAUUUCAUUACCAAUGGAUACCGAUGAUCCCGUGGUCUUCAACUCUUUACCAUCAUCAUCAUCACCCUUCUCACUUGAAGGGGAAGAGGAUGAUAUGUUUCCGGUUGAAGACUUUCAUUUUACCAGUAACGAUCAUCUUCCAACCCACAAUCGUACAUUCUCCCAAUUUUCUCGUUCCGCUCCUCGCCAUCAGACGAUAGGAAAAAAUGCGUACGUGAACUCGAACAGUGGCAGUAAAUACGAUGGUUCACUGCCGGGAGCCACGCACUCUCGAUCAUUAUCUCAGCCUAUUCCCUCGUUCUCUCCGCAACGUCCGUUAAUACCUUCUGCCAAUUACGAUCAUCACAAUCUAUACAAGAAACGAACCAAGUUAUCUUCACGAAAAUUAAUGAAUUUUUUUGGCGACAAGCCGCCACUCGAUAUCUGUGUGAAAGAGAUCGAGAAGGAAGGGUUGAAGGCAAUGUUACAUUCGAAAAUCCCGUUGUGCUACUUUUUGUAUUCAUUGUUGGAAGAAUACUCUUGUGAGAAUUUGUUCUUCUUCCUCGAGGUUGAACAAUAUGAAUCCAGUGACUAUGCUCACUCCUCGCAACAAUAUGCCACCGCACAACACAUUUAUGAUACUUAUUUGACCCGAAAUUCCCAAUUCGAGGUCAACGUCGAUGACAAAGUUCGCAAAUCUGUUGUGGCCUCCAUCAAAAGUCAACGUGACCCUCGUCAUUGCUUUGACGAAGCAAAGCGAGCAAUAUUCUUGUUGUUAGAAUGUAGUUUCGCCCGAUUUAUCAGGAGCGACAUUGCAGACAUUAUGAAGCAGGAGAUCGGCGAGACCACGACCCACUACUCACCAAAAGCUCGCGAUUCUGCCAUCUUUUUACUUUUCAAGUUCCUCAACCGUCAGAAUCAAUCCAAUUCAUCUACGCCAACCCAUCCUCCCCUCAGAUCGAAAUCUUCUAUCAUCAGCCAUUAUAACAAAGAAAAGGAUCAUUCAUCAAGACUUGUCCCUUCCCCCCCGACGUCGCCCAUUCCCUCGUCAACCUCAUCGAUCUCUCAGAAACGUCACGAACUUAUCAGGACCAUGAUUUACGAGUUCAUCAGAACGUUAUUGGAGAUUGACAUCAACAAUUAUUCCGGAAGGGGACGAAAGUUUAAGAACCACUUCAGUAAACAUAUUAAUCAUCAUUACCAUCGUAACCGUCACAAUCACACGAAUGAUGAAAUGUAUAACGACGUUAAUGAAUUCAAUGGUAACACGGGAGAGGUUGACGAGGACGACAUUGGAGGAAGAAUGCCAAUGACCGAAGAUGUAACAUGGGAAAGUGAUUACGUGAGUAUGCUUGGUGCGAACGGAGUCUUUAUCACCGGGUUGGGGCUCAGCCUAAGCGAGGUUGAAGAGAAAAACACGUCAACUCACGACAGCCUGAUAGAUAAAACGAUGUCGUUGGCAAUGAAUGAGAAUACGAGCACGAGCACGAGUACAAACACACCGGUGAUAAGACACCGCAAGAGUGUAAAGGAAUUAAAAAAUCCGUUUGGGAAGCGUAAAAGUUAA